AUGAAGUUGGACAAGAAGGGCCGGCCCGUCGUGGGAGAGGAAUUCUACCACGCGUUGCGUGACCUCAUGAAGAGUGAUGCCGAAAUUUUGACCUUGAGCCGGGGUCAUGGCGGCUACCACUUCAUCUCCGAUGAGAACUGGCUAGCAAUCAAGAGCAGGCUACAGAAGGAUCCCGUGUAUCAGAAAGCUUCUGAGCCGCCUGCGCAAGGACUUUCCUCUGCCGACGUCGAGAAUAUUUCACAGUCCAAGUUCGACAAGACCUGGGAGAAGUGGCUCGUCAACAAUAACAAGAAGAUCGCCAAAAUACUCGAGCCUCAGUUCAGCACGUCCAUUCCAGACAAGAUUGGCAAGGAUCUCGAAUCGAAGAUUGAGAGGUUCGUCAAGGACCAGUUCAAGAAUAAGGACACCAAGGACGUCGUGGUAACACGAGAUGAGUUCAUUCGCCAUCUCAAGGGCGAGUUCGCCACCCACCGGAAUGAGGUCAAGGCUGAGGCGCAAGAACUGCAGAAGAAGCUCGAGCAGUAUAUCAAUGAAUCGGUCGAGGGCAUUUUGAAGAAGAGCCCGCCAAAGGGCGUCACACGGACCGAAAUGAUAACGGUGGUUGAUGGCAUGAUCCGCCAGGCGAUUGCGAACGCUGGACUGGAAGCGCUUGCGCAAGGCAAGAUCGGUGCGGUAUGGGAUAAAGAACUCCGCCAUCAGGUCAACUACUUGGCUCAUGGUAGCGGCGUUAUUGUAUCACCCGACCAUCUGACGCCCAAUUACCUGCCUCCCAUCAAGGCCAAACUAGGCACCGAGAGUUUCAAGAAACUAACAUCACGGAGUCCUCACAUCCAACCCCCCGCUGCAACGCUGUACGGCUGGGAGGAUGAAGGAGACUGCUGGUGUGGCAUGGUUGUCGUGGACAGAGAUGGAAAAGAAGGCGGCGUUCGCAUCGGCUACAUCCUCAGUCGAGAGAUUGUCCCCCAGCAUCUGGUCGUAGAGCACAUUUUGCCUGGAGCUACGCUGAAUCCCGACGCCAGGCCAAAGGACGUCGACAUUCUGGCAUAUUACACCGACCUUCACACGCGUAAUCGGGUUGCUGACUUUGCGGCUGCCCAUUUCCCAGGCACCAAACUCUCGGAUGGCUGGGUGAAGAUUGGUCAACUUACUUACGAAAGCAGCGACACACUCAACGGAGCACACGUACAUAAGCUCAGUUCGGAGCUACUUGCCCUGGGGGCCUACACAGAUCAAAUUGCGCUUCACGUUACCAGCAACUACGGCUCGGACCACACGUGCUUGUACAGAGUGCGACUCUAUGGCGUGGAGAGCGAGGCUUGA